CGACAUCCGCGGUUAGGAUGAAAGGCUCUUCUCCUGUUCUUCACGACCUAACGACGCGCACUCGCCCCCCGACUCUGAGAUGUCUGGCGGCGGCAAUGCGAACGAGUACGACCUCCCCCUCCGCUCCUCCAUAGAUUCAGAGGCCAGCGAGACGGAUCUUCUCAUUCACUACCCCGACUCUCCUUCGACUCCAACAACGACUACGACUCCGGAUAACGAAAUUCAUGCCACCCGAUGGCUCUUCUUCUCUUUCCUUUCGCCCGCUCAACGACUGGCGCUCCUUCUGCCCGCAAUCGCACUUUCUAUCCUCGCAGGCGGUGUGGCGCCGCUCAUGACGGUAGUAGUCGGGCGGGCGUUCGAUGCCUUCUCAAAGUUCUCCGCCACUAGUGGCUCUUCCCAGUCCAACACGACCGCCGACGCAUUCGAUACUCACGCGAAUGCCACCACUCCCGUCGCGACACCUCCCGAUGUCCUAGUGCACCACAUGUCGCUGGUCGCGCUGCAACUUCUUGCUCUCGGUUUCGGCUCGUUUGCGAUGAGUAGUCUGACCAGCUUUCUGUGGAUCACGACCGGGGACCAUACAGUGCUUGCUGUGCGGAAGCGCGUCUACGCGUCCAUAGCUAGCAAGAGUAUGGUGUGGUUUGACACCCGGUGCUCGGAAGAAAGCGAGCAGAGUACAGGGGGAGAUUCAGAUGGACCUGUUGGUGCCGGUGGGCUCAUGGCUCAGUUCUCAAAGUACGCGCGCCGACUUGCUUUCUUGAAGGAUCAUGCUGACCUGCAUGCCAGAGAGACUGAUGAAGUGCGUGAAUCGUCCCUUGCCAUUGGCCGGAUGAUCGAAUACGCCACCACUUGCUCUAUCUGCCUCAUCCUUGCUUUGCUGCGCUCAGUAUCGCUGACGCUCGUGGUUCUGUCUGCCGUCCCAGCGUUGGUGAUCAUUCAGGCCGUCUCACAGCGGUUCUCCGCCCCGCUCCUGGCGAUAGAACGCCAGCAGACAGCUGUCGCUGCGACGUUAGUCGACCGCGCUAUUUCUCCGACUGGGAUUCACACGGUCAAAGCAUUCGACGCGGCAGCACACGAACAGAAGGCGUUGGCCUCUGUAAUGCUCCGGAUUGAAAAAGCCGUGCUGAAGCUGGUCGCGCUCUGGGGGUUGACCUCCGGCCUUGCGCAGUUUGUCAUGAUGGCGAUGUUUGUGCAGGGAUUCUGGUUUGGCGCCCGGGCGGUGCGAGCCGGAAGACUGGGUGCGGGGGAUGUCAUGGUCGUCUUCUGGGCCUGCCUGAUGGCGACGACGAAUCUUCAACUUUGCAUUCCGCAGCUGAUCGUUCUCUCCAAAGGACGUUUCGCGUUCCAGUCGUUGCUCAAGCUGCUCGAUCCUUCCCAGUCAAUUGCCGCACACGGUUUUGUGGGUGAUGUGAUGUGUGUGGCGGAUAUCACGAUGCAGGAUAUCUCAUUUUCGUAUCCAUCCCGUCCGAGUAUCCCCGUGCUCCGCGGUGCAACGAUGGUGUUCCCUGCGCACAAGACUACGUUUGUCGUCGGACCCUCCGGUUCUGGAAAAUCGACCAUAUCGCAUCUGCUUGCGGGGCUGUAUGCACCAAAUGAAGGCCUCAUUUCUGUUGACGAUGUAUCCGUCGAUCUACGCGCAUUGGACAUCGCGGCUGUCGGUCAGGGCGCAGCCUGUGCUCUUUUCGACAUGAGCGUACACGACAAUGUUGCGCUUGGGCGGGAGACGGGGCUUUCUACCCGCUCAGAGGUGGAGGAUGUCUGCCGGCAGGUUUUGAUGCACGACUUUAUCAGUGACUUGCCACGUGGAUAUGAUACCGUUCUGGGCAGUCAUGGAGCCUCUCUGAGUGGGGGGCAGAAGCAACGGCUGGCCAUCGCUCGUGCUAUGCUGCGGGAUCCGGAUGUACUUGUUCUGGAUGAAGCGACCUCCGCUCUGGACCCCAAAUCACGCGUGCUUGUCUUUGACGCUGUGCGUCAAUGGAGGCACGGCAGGACGACUAUUGUCAUUACACAUGAUUUGGCGCAGAUCGAAAAAGACGAUUACGUGUACGUGCUGAAGGACGGAUGUGUGGUUGAGAGCGGAUUGAGACGUGAGCUCGAGCAUUGGGUCUGCAGCGUAUUCGGAACUCUUGGCCACGACGCCGACUUCUCGAAACAUGAAGACGACACUGACACACUGGUUGACCUGGACACAUCUGUCGCCGUCGAGGCAGCCCUCCCCUUGUACCUCACUCCGGCUCCCUCGGCGUUGACGAGAGCGACCCGUGUUGCUGAGCUUUCGAUGAACGUCGCUGCUUUUGGCUGGCGACGGACUCCGAGUCCGUAUAAACCACUAUCUGCGCCCUCGACUGUGGUUGCGCGUAAGCGUAAUGUGUACACACCUGCUAGCAAGUACGAGUCCUAUCUGCCCAUCGACACAACCACUCCCACCUACGAUGCCCCGAAUCAGUCGCUCUCGGGUCUCUUGCUCGAGCUUUACCCAACUGUUCCCAACAAGCCAGUCUUGUUUGCCGGGCUAUUUGCAUGCUUGGUCAGCGGGGCGAUGACACCCAUCUUCUCGUUUCUCCUCGCCCGGCUAUUGUUUGCUGUCGCAACUGGAUCCAGCGAGACCAUGUCUCUGGACACUUACGGGCUUCUGGUCCUCUGCGCAGCCUUGUGCGACGGCUUGUUCCUCGGGCUCAAGUACUUUCUGAUGCAGAUCACUGCUGCGCGGUGGAUCAGCUACAUCCGGAAUCUCGCGUUUGGUCGUGUUCUGAAGCAGGACAUGCGCUGGUUCGACAGGCAGGACUCAGCGUCCAUUGGCCGGGUGUUGAUCAAAGAUGCUGACGACGCUCGCGAUCUGCUUUCGUCGGUCCUGGGCCAGGUGUUGGUCGUCAGUGCCAUGUUCGGAAUCGGGAUGACCUGGGCUGCGAUCGCAGGCUGGCAGCUUGCCUUGGCCGGCUUUGUGGUGGUCCCUGUUUUCGGAGUUGCGAUGGCCAGCAUGGCCAGCAUGGUGGCACGUGCCCAGCUGCGAAAUAAGCGUGCAGGCGAAGAGGUCGCAAAACGGUACUACGAGAUGAUUUCCAGCAUCCGCGGUAUUCGUGCCAUGCGUCUGGAAUCCGUUUUCCGUGCCGAGUUUGACAAGGCUGCUAAUCGGGUGCUCUCUGUGUCCCGGUGGGGCGCGUUCUUCGAGGGAUGCACGACUGGUCUUGCUUUCGGCUUAGUCUACCUUGCCGAAGCGGUGCUAUUCUACUUUGGAGCCAUUCUGGUGGCCAACGGGACGUAUUCGUAUCUUCAAAUGACGCAAGUCCUCAAUCUCGUCGUGUUCACGGUCUCUAUCGGAUCCCAGCUCAUGGCAUUCACCCAACGCAUCUCGAAAUCGGUUCAGGCUGCUCGUGACCUGACUGAUCUGCUGCACCUGGCCUCUCGGACGGAGGAGUCGCAAGGCUUUCUUCGACCCGAACUCGACGGCACUCUCACCUUCCAGGAUGUUGCAUUUUCCUACCCGGCUCGCUCAGAAGUACCAGUGCUCCAGAACGUCAACAUGGAGAUCAAAGCUGGUGAAUGUGUUGCGAUCGUUGGCCCUUCUGGAUCUGGCAAGUCUACGAUCGCUGCAUUACUCCAACGCUUGUACGAGCCGUCGUUUGGUGCGGUGUCGGUUGGGAAGACCCCACUCCGGUCAUUUAGCAUCGAUCAUCUCCGUCGGCAGAUUUCAGUCGUGAGCCAGCAGCCGACGCUUUUCGAUGCGUCAAUCGCAGAGAAUAUCCGAUACAGCAACGAGGAUCUCCCGGAUGAGGAGGUCAUCCGAGCUGCGCAAGCGGCGAACAUUCACGAUUUCAUCAUGGGUCUACCGCAGGGAUACGAUACCGCUCUCGGCGAAAACGCGACACUCAUAUCGGGUGGACAAGCUCAGAGGUUGCAAAUCGCGCGUGCCCUGGCCCGCCCGUCCAAGAUUCUGAUCCUGGACGAGUGCACCUCCGCACUGGACGACGCCACUCAGGCGGCUAUUAUGGACACGAUCCAGGCUGCCAAAACCGGCCGCACCACAGUCAUGAUCACACACAAGGUCCCGGUUAUGCGCAUGUGCGACCGCGUUCUCGUCGUUCAGAAGGGGAGGAUCGUGGAGGACGGCGCCUUCGAUGACUUGAUCGCUCGGAGAGGUGUCUUCGAUGCCUUACUCAAGGGCCUUUGAGACGAUGAUCUUGAUGAUAGUAAUGAUAUGAACAUUUGUAGCGCUACCUCCUUGUACUUACUCUCUUCCUCGCUUUCCGCUCUCCUAGUUUGUCGUAUUGUUAUCUUAUCUGAUCGAAAUACGUUAUCAUGAGAUAGCACUUUCGCCGCUCCUGGAGUUGUGUAAAUCUCCGCUUAUGUACCGA